ACUUGGGGUCCAGGGAGGCUCCUCCGCACGCCAUGUGCCCGUGUCCCCGGCAUCGCGGUCGCGGGCCCCCGGCCGUGUGCGGUUGCGGCGACGCUCGCCCCGGGCUGCGCUGGGCUGCGGCGCAGGUGACCGCGCUGCGGUUGCAGGCGCUGGGCGACGAGCUGCAUCGACGCGCCAUGCGGCGUCGCGCGCGGCCCCGGGACCCGCUGCCCGCGCUGCUGCCCGCGCUCCGCGCCCGCUGGCCCUGGCUGUGCGCGGCCGCGCAGGUGGCGGCGCUGGCGGCCUGGCUGCUCGGCAGGCGGAGCGCGUAGGCGGCGCGCGCGGGGCCUUCUUGGUGGGGGGGACCGGAGCCGAGACCCAGCCCGGACCGAGCAACAGGUUGGCAAAACCCUGUGUCCUUGGAGGAAGCUGGUUCCUGUUUUCCUGAGGGAGUAGCCCAGAGCGUGGAAGGAAGCAGAGUGUAAAGAGCUGAUGGUGAAAACACAGACAGAGGAAGCCCUCGGGAGGUCCAGCUGCAGAGAGAGCCACCCCAGUGCUAUUUAGCUAUAUAUAUACACAAAACAAGAGAAAAUACAAAAUUCCGUACCUGUGCAUGCCUACGGGAGACGUGGUCCCUUUCCUUUCCAUGCAACCUUGCGAUGUGAACUCUGAGACUUUGUAAUGUCUAGGGUGGCAGGGGAGAGAGAUGCUUGCCGCUGCCUGUGCAGGAAACUUACAUGGACCGGUGGGAUCAGCCUCAGCGUGGACCAACUGCUCAGCACAGAUGCUGGUGUGGAGUAGAGGGCACUUGGCUGAAGGCAAGAUGGACAAGACAGAGGGGACCGUGGGGCCCGUUUUGUUGGGGGCAGCCUGGGAUCCCUCCAUUUCUUAACAUGUCCUAGCCUCUCUCUGUCCCCGUCGAGACAGCUCUCUAGAUCUCAUGGUGGUCAUAGCCAGAGAAACGGGGGGGAUGUCAUUUUCUUUCCCUACCUAUAUAGUGUGUCUGGUGCUUCACUUCACAGUUUCUUGGUGCUAAGUGUAUCCUUGGUACGGCCAGGGUCUUACCGACAGACCGGGAAGGCCAGGGGAUGAGAGGUUUCUAUUUUGCUCUUUGGAUAUACUCUCUCUUUUUUUUUUUUUUUUUUUUAAAAAAGGGCCAGGUGACAAGAUCGCCACUGGAAAGUCUUUCUAUGGGGAGAGGGGUGAUGCUCACAGGGCUUUGGAGCAGGCCCUCCCCCACCAAGGGGGAGGGCUACGAGGGGGAAGGGCAGGCCAGUAUACAGGAGCUGCUUAGGAAAAGUCACUCCUCUCCCUGCAGUGGUACUCUGAGAGACUGCUGUCCUAGGGGGAUUCAGGGCUUAGGUUUUUAUAGAUUAAAGAGCCACGAAAUGGCUACGUUCUGAUGGAGCGUGAUUUAUAAGCAGGGGAUGCUGGGAGAGGGGGGACGGACCAUUUAAAUGAAAUGUCCGAUUUCCCCUAGUCUCCUAACACACAGAAUAAGCUACUGUUUUCAGAAGUUUCUAGAAGGGCUAAUAUAAAUAUAUAUAUAUAUAUAUACACAAAUAUAAUGAAGCUGUGUGCUAGACUGACAUUUGGCUGCAAUGGCUCACAGCUUCAGGGCUGGUUAUUUUUUUGCUUUCGUUUUUUAUAAAAUCCCACUGAGAACAGGUAUUACUCUCCUCUGCGUGGAUAAUUCAUCACCCCCAUUGAGGUCUCUGUAGCUGAGAUGGUGAGCGAUGCUUGCUGUGGGCUCAGCAAGACAGUUACUCCUAUUUUUAUUUUAAUUUUUUUCCUUUUUAAUUUUGGAGACGAGGCCUCACCCUGGCACCCAGGCUGACCUCAGCUCAUAAGCCUCCCGUCUUGGUAUCUGGCAUUUGAGACGAUGGUUACUGGGGGAGUGUCAUUCCUCCUGGCUGGAUUUGCAGGUGACUUGCCUGGUACCUGGGUCAGGGGUCUGCCAGAAAGCAUCAGUUGCUCAGGCGCACAGGGCUACAAGGGCAAUGGCCCCUGGCCAGCUUUGCUGAGCGUGACCAGGAAAGAGCACACUUCCUUGGUUUGCCAUCAGCAGGCUCCUCUCUCCAUUUUAAAUGUAUGCCUUAUAUUUCUCUAAAUAACCCACUUUAAAAAAAUGCAACCAAGAACUCAAUGCUCAACCCUCCCUCUUUUAUCUGCCAGAACUGAACUCAGCAAAGAAAAAUAAAUAGAUAAAUAGAUAAAUAAAUAAAUAGUGAGCUUGUUUGGCCGGGAGGCAGCAGGCAGCAGGCCAUGCCCUCACCCAGCCAGAAUUACACAGAGGGUCCCAGAAUGAUCUGGAAGCCACCCUCUGCUUGUAUUGACUCCCUUUCCUAGCAAGGAAAUGAGUCCUUGCAAGCAUCACAUUUCCAGAGAAAGUGUGUGCCACAGUGGGACUCAGUGGUGUCAGCCUCUUUAAAGACAUACAAACCAGAUCUCAGUGGGGACAUGCUGACCCUGGAGAGACCCAGCGUAAGGGUGAGGGGUGAGAGAAAAACCUCUCUUUUUCUGUUUUGUUUUUGAGCCUGGCUUUGCCUGUUAGCUAAUGAUAGCUCCCUGGAGGAUUUGAACUCCACACACAGGGGUUGGCAUCUCUGGUGAUUUUCAUUUCAAUGAAGCUGUGUUACUGAGAAAGCCAGGCAGCCCUGACCUUUUGAUGGAACCUUUCAGCCAAGCCCUCUGUAAAUACUCUCCCUUAGUAAUGGAAACAACGUAUUUAUCAAAUCUGGGCCUUGGCUCGCACACAGUUCAUUUGAGUGCGGUUCUCCAUUGCCCCGGGUUUGACAGAGUUGUUUUUUAAAUGCCUGUUUUUUUUUUCUAUGAGAUCUGACCUCUUGAUGGACAUUUGUAUUAGGAUAUUGAAGCAUGCUGGCUGUGUCUUUAUUGUCUCACUGUCUCUGUCGUGGUGUUACUUGGAUUGCAUGAGAUAAUGGGGCGGCCUUUCUGUUGGUGGUGUUAUUGAAAAAAAAAAAAAACCAACUUCCACAGUGUGUGAAGCGCUGGCCCAAUCGCUCCCUUUAUCCUGCUCUCCCUGGCUGCCAAGGAGCAUUGAUUUUGAUUCGUUUCUAUGUAGAGUCUGUGAAGAGGGAGAAAGGCUUUGAAAUAAAUUUUAAAAAGACCUCAUACUGGGUUUCAGCAGACAGAAGUGUGUGUGUGUGUGUGUGUGUGUGUGUGUGUGUGCGCGCACAAAGCCUGGGAGGUCUGAGAUCAUUGCUAGAGAGUUGGUUGUGUGAUGAGCUGCAGUGCUAUCUGCCACCUGGGUCCAAAAGCUGCUGGCUGCUCUCUGAGGCUGAGUCCUGGAGUCUGUGGGGUGGAGCCUUCGAGAGAAGGUCUACUCUCUUUGAGAAGCUUCUCUUCUUUACUUCAACCCCCACAAGCAACAUUUGGGGUUCCAGCUCCCUUUGUCUAGAUGGGGUUUGAGCCAGAGUUCUUUUCUGGAGCCCAGGAAGGACGGUGUCUAUGGUCCUGGCCCAGGAGGACAUGCCCACAUUCCCUUCCCCCACCCCUCCACAGUCAUCCUGGAGGCUGCUUCCCCAUCUCCUUGAUAGCCUUGAUCUGUUUCCUUUCUACCUUGAUGGGGGGGGGGGGUGAUAACUGAAACCUAGUGUCGCAGAAUGGCCCGAUGACACUCUAUAGAGCUGAGCUCAUGUCUUCUGUCCACCUGACUGUACUGUCAUGUUUCUAAAAUUGACAAAAAGUCAUUCCUGCUCACUGAGAACUGGGGGAGGCAGCAUGUCCUGCCAUGCGCUACAUGAGGAUCUCUGGGAGACACUGGGUCACUACUGGAGACUGCUUGUUUGUUAUUACUGGGGUUUUUUUUGAGACACGGAGCCAGGCUGGCUUUGAGCUCACUAUACAGCAGAGGCUAACCCUGAACUCCUCAUCCUCCUGCCUCCACCUCCUGAUUACUGGCAUGGGCCACCACCCCUGGCUUAUGUUAUGGACUGUUUGGAUGUCCACAGGAAACUGUUAGAAGUGGCAGUGACCAGUACACAGGGUCUCUUCUGGGUUCAUGCCAUUUUCUAUUCUGAACCUGGAGUCAACUUGGGGAGAUCAGGGGGUCAGAGGCUGUCUGGGGGUUUGGGGAGAGGGCAGCAGACUGUUCCCAUGGGAGCUGUUCAGAAGCCCCGCUAAGAGGGAGAGCUGACAUCACCGUGUUUCUUGAAAACUUUAGCCAAAAGUUUCUCUUUUUAACAUUUUAAUGUAUUCACUUGACACCUAUUUAUUGAACGUCUACAGUGUGCCAGCUGAAGACCUCCACGUCGGAACAAACUGACUUAGUUAGGGUACAGCAACAGUCCUUUUUGGAGACCAGAUGCCGUGAAAUGUCCCUUUCCAGUCUGGCUCAUAAUUUAGCACAGAUCUGCCAGGUCGCCCUCGUGACCCCCAAGUCUUGUUGGCAGAUUGCUACAUAGUAUUUUCUGCAUGCCACUCUCUGGGCUGAAUGCAAUUAAAACAUUUGCUACGUUGUCAUUUUCUCCUUCUCUGAGGGAGGAUUGGUCCCUUUUGUACAAUAAUCAAAGACACCCCCAACUCCCCCCACUGGAGCACAGCCACUGAACACUGCAUGAGUCUCUUUCCAAGGCUUCUCUGGAGAGAUCCCCAUCCUAUUGAUAGUACCACUGAUCCCAUUUUACAGGUGAGGAAGCUGAGGGCACCCAAAGGGCAAAGUGACUGAACUAAGGUUGUAUUCAAGUCUGUGUGCCCCCUUCCCCUCCACCCCCCAGCCAAUGUGGUACCUGCUCUGUUGUGUCAGAUCAAGUGGCUUUGGUGUCUCAUUUAAAUGUAAGCAUUGUGGGUGAAGGCAAGGUAUUCUAGCUCAAGGGUAGACAUUGCUAAUCCAAGGGCAGGGACAACCCUUGGCCCAGCACGGAGUGUCUACUGUAGCUGCAAAGAGAGAAUGCCUUAUUUGGGGGAUACUUGAGGGCAGGCUGAAGGAUUUCAGGGGGUUGUCCCCAGUUUCAGAAAACUCCAGGGUAAGGGGUAUCUAAUGUGUGAAUAGCCUGUCCCAACCAUUCUGGAGGCCUGGGAAGUCUCUCAUGCCUCUCUUUCUAUCUUCUCUCCCAACCCUGGAUCCCCAAGGCACUAGAAGAUUCUAAGUGCCUGUAUGCAUGGUAGAGACUGCCCAUGAGGGCAUCUGGAGCCUGGGGGAGAGGUGGUAACCUGGGUGGACAUUCUGUAUAGUCCUUGUUGCCUUGAGAUCUUUUGUAAGUGUGUGUGGGGGGGGGUCCCUACCUGGAUGCUUUGUACAUAUUUGUAACACUUUUAUUAAAACAUUGACUGUGCACCUCUAA